AUGUCUACCUCUACCGAUGAACUAGAGCUUGCAAUUGUGCGAGUUAUUGAGGAACUCAUAAAAUUAAAGAGGGAAAAUAGAAAAGUAGCCAAAAAGAAAUUGUGGGUGAAAACUUGGAUCCUAAGAAGGAAUCAAUUAGGAGCAUCUAACACAUUAUUGAGAGAAUUGGCACUUGAAGACCAACAAAGUUACUUUAACUUUUUGAGAAUUAAUGAAUCCAUGUUCAAUAUUUUAUUACAAAAGAUUGAACCCAAAAUACAAAAAAAAGACACAAUGAUGAGAACCGCACUACCUGCUAAAUUAAAACUGGAAUUGGCAUUGAGGUAUUUAGCAACAGGGGAUUCAUAUAAAACAUUACAGUAUAUGUACAGAGUGGGAAAGUCAUCUAUUUGUGAGUUCAUACCAGAAGUUUUUGAAGCAAUUUAUGAAGCAUUAAAAGUAUAUAUUGAGACUAAAUAA